AUGGCAAAGCUCCUACGCAGGAUCGUUGCCUCCCUCUGGGGCGACCACGGCACCAAGGAUCUCUGGCAGCGGAUUCUCAAGGAUUUCAUAGCUUGUGUGAUUGCAACCACGAUUGCCAUUCUCCCCCAGAUCAGAAGCUGGUCAACAUUUCUUAUUCCAAUGACUGUUGCCUUUGCACACCCAGGCCAGCGGUUGGGCGUUGUCAUUGAGAACAUCAUCAUGGUCAUUUUCGGCUCCGGCCUGGGCUUAUCAUGGUGCAUCCUGGGUUUAUACCUCGCGAGCUUGGUCUAUGAUGACAACAAGCCCGCUGCGUUUACUAUUCGGGCUCUGUUCUACCUUGCGUGUAUCUUGAUUCACGGCUAUAUACGGUCCUCUAGUCCUCGACUCUUUUUAUUUGUCUUGUUCGUCAUGCUACCCGCGAUAACCACGCUCACGGCACCAACCAAGGCUACACCACUCUUAUAUGAAACUAUCUACGUACCAAUUCUUAUUGGCGUUGGCAUUAUGCUUUUCGCCAACGUUGUCAUAUUCCCAGAGCUUUCUGGUAGUUACCUGGGAACUUCUACCAUCAACGCCCUCUCCGAAAUGGCCAACACAUUGGAGCGAGCUACCUACUGGUUCGCCACCCCUGGGGGCGACUGUGUUGAAACUCGAGAUCAGGAUAGCGUGCGCAGCACCACAGUGACCAACGAUAGGGAUAUUGAGCAGCAGCAGCAGCAGAAAAUGAGCCAGAAGAAACAAUCCAUCAUCCGUUACUGGCGCAAAUUCUUCUCCGCUUUCCCGAAUCCCUUUCGAUCUGCCAGGGCUAUAGCUACAGUAUCCAAAAUACCACUACAUGCGACCACGCUUGCGUCUCUAAUGGAAAAGAAACCUACAAUCCGAUCUAAGCUUGCUGCGUGUAAGACUGCACAGAAUGAAGUUAAUUUUGAGAUUUCCAUCUCACCCCUUGCUCCUGGUGAUAUGAAACGCAUUAGCGUUGAUCUCAUGAGCAGUCUGUCCCAGAGCAUUAUUACACUAAUUGGUGCUUGCGAAAACAAGUUCAUAGUACUUGAUGAUGAGGGUCGUGAAGAGAACGGCUUGGCAAGUGAUGAUCCAGAACUCUCAACAGAGAACACGCACAGCCCUGAAUCAACCACACCGUCGACCGGUGCCCCAGAAGCUUACCUAAAAGUCAACUCUAAUAUAAGAUCUAGAUCGAAAGCAGGCAACUCCAUCGAUCCCCAUAGCAGAGCCGACUACGCCACGCUGAAUAGGCAAAUUGAGUUGAGCAGCGCCGAGCUUCUUGAAUCAAUUGUUAUGCGGCUUCAAGCUCCUGUACAAGAGUUCCAAGCCUCUACAAAUGCAGCGGUGGCUCUUCUUAUAUCCUGUCUGGCAUAUUGCUAUGAUGUUCCCACCCUACCCUCUGGCGCGCCUACCCCUCGAGGUAUUCGUUUAGAAGAGAUUGAUCUGCGCAUCGACCUUUUCGCCGAUGCUCUAGCAGCGUUUGACCAGCAAUCUAUCCAACAGCUUAAGCUGGUUGCGAUGCAAGAGACAGGCCAAUAUCUUGAUUUCAUGCCCCGGAUGGAGACAUUCCUCAUUUCAUCGUUUCUUCUAGCCUUUCGCCAGUCUUCAACCCAUGUCUUGAAUAUGCUUCGCCAUGCACGCUACUUGGUGGAACAGAGGCAGCGCCGCCAUAAUAAGUCACGCAUCUGGAUUCCUCACUAUUCAAGUCUUCGAAAGUGGCUUCGUACUGCUGGAGAACGUGAUUCAAUGGUUCUUCCAGAAGGCGCGAGGCAGGCCGCACGACGCGGGGAUUUGGCUGGAAGGCCAUCUGAAUCUCAAUCGAAAGAAUCUAGCGGCAUUCUUGAGAGUGAUGAGCAACAACUGGGGGAGCGCAUAACCGAUGAGGAAGCGGGCUCUACAACCACUUCUAGAUAUCUGAAAGUCUUGAAAAGUAGAAAAACAAGAAGCAAAAAAAGGGGGAAGAAAGGAAGAGAAAAUGGGCCAGCCGAUAAUCACCGGCGAUCUAAACAUGGGCAUGAAGAGAAAGAUGCUCCUGACAACUGGAUUUUAGAAUUGCGAGGGAAAGCAGCAGAUGCUUUAGAAUGGGCUCAAGACUCUGACGAUCUUGCGUAUGCACUCAAGCUAUCUUUUGCUGUCUUUCUUGUCAGCUUUCCGGCCUUUGUACCGUCUUGGAACCAGUGGUACGGAGAUGUUCAUGGCGUUUGGGCUCCGCUUCAGCUGAUAUUUAUCUUUGAAGUGGCCAUUGGUACUUCUUUGGUCACCUUUAUUGUCCGAAUGAUUGGGCUGGUUCUUGGCUGUACAGCUGGAUACGUCUCGUUUGUUAUUGCAGGGGGGAGUAGAGCUAUUACUGUUGUGGUUCUCGCUUUUACGAUCCUACCUGCGGCCUAUUUCCAUGUUGCAACGAAAUAUGUCAAGGCUGGCGCAGCAGCCAUUAUAUCAAUCAAUGUGGUUGCGCUAGCGGCAGAGAAUAGUACAGAACUGGCGGUACAGGUCUAUUACAAGCGCCUCAUAGCUUUUUUGGUAGGGGGUGUUACCGCCACUCUGGUAGAGGUGUCUAUCUCCCCUGUGCGCGCCAGAGAUCGCCUGGUUGAAUCCCUAUCUGCCUGUGUGCGUCAUAUCCAGGGUAUGCAGGGCGCCAUAGCUGUUGGCGUCGAUGAGCCUGAGUUCUUUGAUCCUCGCUCUCUAAAGCAGCACCGCCAUUUCGAUCAAUUGCGAGAAAGGGCCCAAGCUUCGCUUGCAGCGGCCGAGACUUUUUUACCGUUCUGUUCUACUGAGCCAAGACUGAAGGGCAGCUUUAAGAAGCUUGCGCCGAUAUAUACUGAAAUCAUAUACGUGCUUCACCAGGUAAUCGACCGCAUGGACAACGUCGUACAGCUCCGAGCAGCGUAUGGUUCCUCAGUGUUGGAAGUCCUGAAUCCGCAGGUCUAUACGUAUCGUCGGAGCAUGGUGGCAAGUUGCACCUUGAUGCUGUGCUCCGUUAAUGAGGCGUUGACAACUUGGCUCCCGCUCCCACAAUUCAUCCCAUCAGCUCGCUUGGCGCAUUUACGGCUAAUACAUAGAGUCCGUAAGAUCAUCACGUCACAAACAUCAACGUCAGCUCUGGUAACACCCACGGUAAGUCAUGCUAGCCAUGGCAAAACCGAGGGCGAGUACGAUGAUCAGACAAGCGAAAGGAUGGCACGUUUGAUAACCAAGCAUAAUUUUCUCUCCUGGAAUGCCAGUACUGCCGGUCAGAUGGAAAUUAUUGAGUACUUGGAAGAAUUAGUCGAGCUGGUCAAAAUGUUAGUGGGAGUAAAUGCAUUCCGCUCGGGACUGUUGGAAAAGCCAAAAUAUCAACAUUAUGCACAAAUGGCAGACUCUCGCCAGGAAUCUGCAACCCUGGCUUCCACAAACGAGUCCAGCAGCUCAUUAACAACUCAACACAGUAGCAUUGCCGUUCCAGAGGAGCCAGGAGAACUUCCAGAUUCGGUCUUGAGGCGGGUUGCAUUGGCUACUGCUCAAACAGAUAAUGUCAACCAGAGACCAAGACGAGGGGUUGCUGGAGCGCGACGGCCUUCUUAUAGGAGAGGAAGCUUUUUCGGAGAGAAUUUGGAAGAAAUACCUGCUAGCUUGCAGAGGGUCAACUCUCGGCUUUGGCAAGGAAACGAAGCCGUCAGACGGGCGUCAUUCGCGAUCACUAGUAUGCGGCCUGACUCAGCUGCUAGACCUCGAAAAGGGUAA